UUCCAACAGAGAGAGAGAAGAGGAGAAGGAGGAGCCUGUUGGGUGUGGGACUCCAGACAAAGGAGACAUAAACACACUGACACUGGAUCAGUGGAGAGAAAAAAAGAGACAACUGGAAAGCUUUUUUUUUUCUUAACUUUUAGCUAUAAUUUUUGAAACCUUGUAAGAAAAGUGGAUUUGUAGAAGUUUGUGUGUGAGCUGUACUGUAUGAGCCUGUUUGCUAACUACUGAGGUAUGUUUGUGUUGGAGCUGGGUUUCCCGUAUGCUGCCCACAGUGAGCAGAAGUCUGUGGGUUAGUGUGUUUGGGAUGGAAAAGUGUGGCUGGCUCAGCAAACAGCUCUGCUCUUAGCUCCACACCAUGGGGGGCUGCCACAGUUACCCCUCAGCUACCAAGGUAGACAGCAAGACUCCUCAGCCGUCUGACAUCCACAAUGACAAACACGGAAUCAACAACAAUAACCAGGAGGAACGUCCGUAUUUGCAGCAGCAAAACGCCUGCCAGAGAAUCACAAGCGCUAACAUGUUUGCGCUCACGUCACUGCCGCCUGGUAUGGACAGAGCGGAGUGGCUGGCCUCCAACACUGUGGCUUUUUUCAAGCACGUAAACCUGUUCUCCAGCGCCCUGUCAGAGUUCUGCACUCCCAGCACCUGUCCAACCGCCUGUGGACCAGGCAAUGUGGUCUACUUUUGGACUGACGACCAUGGCAGGAAGCUGAAAUGCUCCGCUCCACUUUACUUUGACUACGCCAUGUCGUACAUUCAGGAGCUUCUCACUGACGAAGAUGUGUUCCCCACAAAAGCAGGUGCAGCAUUUCCAAAUGGAUUUAUCUUCCUGGUCCAGAAGGUGUUCUUGCUGUUGUUCAGGACUCUGGCUCACAUUUACUGGUCUCACUACAGUGAGGUCCUAGUUCUAGGUUUGCACCCACACCUAAACACACUCUUCUGCCACCUGAUGCUCUUCUGCCAGCAACACUCGCUGCUGGAGCCUGAAGACACAAAGCCUCUGCAGGACCUCAUCACGGCUCUGGAGCAGCACAAAUGAAACGCUCCUAUUUCCCUAAUCUUGCUUAUUUAUUGGUAUAGUCUAUAAUAUCUGACUGUUCUUGGCAUAAGUACAGUGUAUAUCGCAGCUUAGAUAUUUUUCUGAUGCGAGAUUUAAGAAGAUCUGGAAGCAUUCACUCAGAAUUGUAAGCUCAGUUAUUCAGUUAUUUUCAUUUUUAUCAUAACGCCUUUAUUGCAUGUUUGUUUUUAGUAUAAUUGUGCCUUAUUUUAUUGUAAAGGUCCUGCAAUAUUAUUGUGUGAAUGCAGUUACUGUACGAGUUCAUAGGUGUAUGAAGAUUUGUGACAAACAGUCAUUACAUGUUGAAAGACUGAAUGUUUUUUAUUUAAUUUCAUUUCUAUGUGGAAUUCUGGACUUCUAACUAAAGCCCGGUGCAGCCUUUAAAGUGAACAACUGCAGAAGCUGCUGCCAUUAGUAAAGUCUGGAAAUCGCAUUCUCCUUUGUUCACUUUCUGUAUUUUUGUUUUUAUUUCCAUUGUUGAAUUUUUGCAUUAAAACUAUGCAAAAUAGUA